GCAGCAGCUGCCAGACCUAGGAGAGACCUACAUGCAAGUCUCUCUGGAACAAACUGAAGUCAGGAGAUUGGCCUCUGGAGACAGCCAUGGCCACAGCAUGGAAAACCCCAGAGGACCCUCAGCUCCCAGGGGAAAGAGGGCAAGAGCUCCAAGAGAUGCUGAGAGAAGUGGGGCUGGCACCUGAGUACUGGCUGCACCAGCUACAGGAACAUCUUGGCGUCACCUGUGCCCAGGCUUUAGAACACCUAGACGCAAAGGACCUCCGGAGGUUAAAGGCCCAGGCACAACAUCCCUGGGAGACAAGGGCCCUGGAGAAACUGCUGAACCAGUCACACUCAAAGAGGCUUCCAGAGUCACAGGAGGCUCAGGUGGAAAUGAUAAGAAAGCAGCAGAAGCAGGCGGAGCAGGCGCUGCAGGAGCUGAGAGGCUUGAUGUCAGCAGGGAGGCAGCGACAGGAAGACGCAGUGAGGAGUAAAGAGGCAGAGCUGAGGCAAGCAAUGGACAUCCCCAAAGAGUACUGGCCACCACCACAAACAUCCCUAAAAGAAGUCAUGGAAAACAUGCAGAGACAACUUCACCUCAUAGAGGGGACACUGUCCCACAGACAAAACCUCCCGGACAGAGAGCUGGUGAGAUGGGCAUCCGGAGGACUGGCGCUGCAGGGAAUUUACAAAACCAGCUCUGAAAGAGGCCUGUUAGAGAAGAGAGAAGAGCUACUCAGUGUCCCCACACAGUUCUCACUUGCUGGCCCUGAGCAGGGCCCACGCAUGGAAACAAAAGAAUUUACAUCUUCUAAAGACGAAUCCACCUUCACGCAGACUAUGGAAAAACUGGGCUUCAGUGUAACUGCUACAGCCAAGGGUGGAGGUUGGGGAUUUAGCCUGGAAGCCGGUACAGAUUACAGCAAACACUCAGAUUCCAAGGCAACCGGACAAUCACAUUCUCAGCAUUCCUAUUUUUGUUCAACCAAGUUCAGCUAUGUCCCCCUGGCCUCCUGCCACUUUCCUGUUCAUCAGCUUCAGUUCUCCAAGGCUGCUCUCCAGGAACUGCAAUGCAUUGAAGGCCUCCUGGGUCAGCCUGCAGGCCCAGACAGACACCUCCAGCUGAGAGACAAGGCUGAAACCUUCUUCCACAGGUUUGGCUCUCAUGCUAACCAGGGCCCUCUGCAUCUGGGAGGAAUCUACUGGUGGAAAGCCACUGCAGAGGGUUUCCAGAGGCAGCAGCUGGCAGAAGUGAAACAGCAGGCAGCAGAGGCCCUGGAUAGUUACAUAAGGGGCAGCUUCAGUGGCUUUGGAGUGCAUGGUGCCGCAGGGGUGGAUGUGUCAGCAUCACAUUCAAAAGCAGUUUCUCAGAAAACCACCUUCCAAAGCCUCCAAACUAAAGUCCAAUUAUUUACUGCACAGACAGGGGGCCCACCAGAGGCAAACAGCCUCAUUCAGUGGAAAGCUGGCCUCGUGGCCAGUAAUCAAACCUGGUGUGUCAUUGACAGGGGACUUCAGCUGGUGCCCGUCUGGGACAUCAUCCUCUCCAGCCACAGGAGUGAUUUCAAGGACCCGCUUCUGGUAGCGAAAUUCCUGACAGACUGCUACACUGCACUGACUGGCCUCAAAGCCCACAUCCAGGAGGGGGAAGAAUCACUGAGUGCUGGGGCACAGGCUCGGGCUUUCCUAGAGCAUGUGGAAUCCUGGGAGGUGGCUGAUCCUGAAGUGCAACUAAAGAGACUGAUAGAUUUCAAGGAAAUGUUGAAUGAAAAAGUAAGAAGUUAUGGCACUUGGAUUAACAUAUGCCUUACAGAUGGGGGUUUGCAGAAUUUUCUGUUAAACACUGUCAGCCAUUGCAAAAACGUUUCCACUUAUAACACCAAAUUUGUUAAAUCUCAGUUGCGCAUCCUCCUGGAUCCCCACAUCUACAGCGUGACAAACUUUCCUCAGGCUCAUUCCAUCAUGCAAUGGAUCUUCCAGUCAGAGUCAGCAAAAGAGCCUGUCAACAUCUCCCAAUUUUCUGAACUAAUAAAAAUCUUAAAAGAAGCCCAGAAUGAUAUCAUGGAAGUGAAGACCGAAUCGGAGUCUCUAGAAACAGUAGAGGAAGUGCAAAGAAAGGCUACUUAUGAGGUUAGCUUGGCUCUUGGCUGUUUCUUGAAUAAGCUCCAAGAAAAUGAGCAGCCAGACAUACAAGUCUUGCUACUUUGCAUUGCAAUGGGUGCAGGAUACCAUGCGGUAAACAAAACUUUUCAAUCUAUUUUAGAGUAUACACAAUUAGACUUCUUAGUGAAUGAAAUGCAAAGAACACACAAGCAAUACCAGGAACUCAAAAGUACUUGCAGCUACAGAGCUCAUGCGUUCCUGGUGCUCACAGGGCUGACAGCCACUGCUAGAGUCACAGCUCUUUCUCCACAAGAGAAAAUACAACACUUGGAAUUAAUAAGACAGCACCUGGGACAAUCAUUAUCUGAAGAAGUUGCACAUGUGCUCACCAAAUAUGGAGCAUUUCAUGACUGGGAAAACCUGGAGAAAGACUUGAAAUUGCUAAUUGAUGGCAAUUAUGAAGCCACCAGGUCUCCAUUGCAAGUGAAAGAGGUGAUGAAACAAUUGCAAAAUAUCUUCCAUGAAAAGAACCCACCCCAAGAAUCGCAAGAAAAUGAAAUUAACAAAAGGGAAGUCACAGAAAAUAGGCCCUUGCUAGAAUUACUCCAGCGUCUAGGCCUAGAGCAUUACUACCCAAAAAGGAUGAGCAGAGCUGACUUCCAUUUGAUCUACAGAGCUUCUGUGAAUAACACCCAGCCCAGCUCUGAACAGGACCUUCCCUUCUACUUCCUACAGAAGCUGCUCAUGCUGGAUUAUGGGCUGAGAUACCUGGUCUUCAAAGAUGAUGGAAACACAGAGAUGCAAGACUGCCCAAGCACCACAAGUCAUGAAAAUGAGCCUUUUGAUCCAUAUGCAGACCUUUUUGAAGAUAGUGAAGGUCCCACUAGUUCUUCAGCACCUACUCCCAGGCCCCACAUCCACCCUAUGGAUAUUCAGAUGGCAAUUCUUCACUGUGCAGAUGAUUUUGCCAGACAAUAUAUUUUGGGCAAACUUGCCAUUUGUCAGUUUGCCCUUCCCCUUCUAAUACCUAACCCCUGCACUUCUCAAAUUGAAUUCUCUCUCUGGUCUCUCAGUCAAAUUAGGAAAACCUGGCAACAGUCAAGGACAUCAGCAACCGAGAAGAGCAAUUACAGGAAUCAGCAGAUGUGCCGGGUCUCUACCCCCAUUGUGUCCUUUAUUCGAGUUGGAAAUGGCCUCUCUGCUUCCAAAUCUCAGAUCAUGAACUGUCUUGUCAGUAAACGGAAACAUGAUGUCUUUUUUCACCGACACUGCAGAGGGAGCAGCAAAGACUGUCUCUUGAUGGGAGGUGUGGUGGAAAUCUGCUGGUUCUGUCCCGGGGGGAAAGAGGAGGACAGAUUUCAUACCUGCCUGACCUUCACCAAUCUCCAUGGAGAUGCAAAGGAACACGAGGAGCAACUCACCUUCCUGCAGAAGGUUUCUUCUCUCCUUGUGGUCCUCAUGUCAACCAAUGAUGGCAAUAAUAAAGAAAACAGAAAAACUGUCAAUGACCUGUGUCAGUCAUCAAAACCUUUGAUCUUUUUGCUUGAUGACAAAGAAAAAAUAAUGGGCAGUAAGUCUGCCCAAAGAGUGAAGAUAGGAAUCAGAAACAGAAAUGAGGCAGAAUUAACAGAAGAGCUCGCAACUACAAUCCAGGGUUUGCUAGAGCGAUCUGAUGCUGCUCUCAGCUUACAGGCCUGUGCCCAGAUUGCUCGCCAGCAGGGAUUCCUCAUUGAUGAGGACCAGAGAGAUUGCAAGGAGGCCAAGGAAAAGGCAGAGACUCUAAUGGCACUACUGAGGGAGAUGCAGAUCUCGCAGAUGAAGGAAAACCUACUGCCCCUUCAGGGACAACUCUGGCACCUUUGGUGUAAGAAGGACAAAGAACUGUACCAUCUGAGAGAGAAGGGGAAUCGGAGCAUUGAACAACACAAGAGUGAAAUUGAGAAGGAGAAACAAAGAAUACGGCAACAACAGUUGACCAGAGCCUUUCCUUUCAAUGAUUUCAUGCGAUCUAUUCUUGAAAUUCUUCAUCUGUAUUCAGAAACUCAUACUAAACUUUAUUUCCUCCAAUGGAUGAGUGUGUUUUUGGACAAUAUUACAGCUGGACACUUGGAAGAACUGAAUAAAAAGAAAAAGACUUUGUGGUCACAGAUACAAACAGAAAAGCAAAAUGUACCAAAGAGCAGCCAUCUAAAAGACUGGGAAUGUAAGAUAGAAGCUCUCUCCAGAAAGAUUAAUGACUGUUCUCUGGGGAUUGAGCAACUUCUCAGAGAAGUGGGCCAGAUCUAUGAAGCUCUGGAAGAAGCUUCCUCCACAAAGGAUAAACUUUUUCUGUUUCUCCCCCAGAUUGCUGCGAAUCUGAUGAUCGCUGGGGUUCCCAUUGAGCUGAUGGAUGGGGAUGCUUCCUAUGUGCCUCUGAAGUGGGUGGCAGCUGUGUUUGACAAGGUCUCUGAGAAACUUGGGGACAAACGACUGUUUGUUCUCUCUAUCCUUGGCCUGCAGAGCUCAGGGAAGUCCACCCUGCUGAAUGCCCUUUUUGGGCUGCAGUUCACGGUGAGUGCAGGGAGGUGCACUCGAGGAGCCUACAUGCAGCUCCUGAGGGUGGAGGAGACAUUCACAGAAGAACUUGGCUUUGAUUUUGUCCUGGUGGUGGACACAGAAGGCCUUCGAGCCCCAGAACUCAACAACAAAUCCCAGAAUCGGGACAAUGAGUUGGCAACCUUUGUCAUUGGACUUGCAAACUUGACUCUGAUCAAUAUUUUUGGAGAGAAUCCAUCAGAAAUGCAAGACAUUCUACAGAUAGUUGUCCAGGCCUUUCUGAGGAUGAAACAAGUGAAAAUCUCUCCGAGUUGCCUCUUUGUCCAUCAGAACGUGGGGGAAAUCACAGCUGAAUACCAGACCAUGGAAGGGCGGAGGCGGCUAGAGCAGAGACUGGAUGAGAUGGCGGCGACAGCAGCUGAGCAGGAACAGUGCUCAGAUGUGACCCACUUCAGCGAUGUCAUUAAGUUUGAUGUUAACACUCAUGUCUGCUACUUCGCUCACCUCUGGGACGGCAACCCCCCAAUGGCCCCUCCUAAUCCUCGCUACAGUCACAAUGUCCAGGACCUGAAGAGCAGAAUUCUCCUGACCGCCCAGCAGGAGGCCAGGGGAAGCAUCAUGAAGAUAUCGGAUGUAAAACUGCGAGUUCAAGACUUGUGGAGAGCACUCGUGAGUGAGAACUUCAUUUUCAGUUUCAGGAACACCCAAGAGGUCGUGGCCAUGAGCAAACUGGAGACCAUGUACAACUCCUGGACCUGGGAGCUGAGGAGUCAUGUGCUGGGCUUGCAGGACAAGCUGAUCAACCAGAUUCAGAAUGGGAAAACCAAAAUACUCAUGACAGAAGAACUUCAUGUUCCUGUCGCAGCAAAAUGUGAAGCCAUCAAGCAAGAAUUUGAAAAAUAUUUUAAUGAAGAUCCAGAUAGCGAAAUACUGGUUCAGUGGAAAGCAAAUUUUGAGAAUAAGUUAAUAAUCCUUAGAGAGAAACUUAUUUUAGAGAGCCAAAGAAAAGUGAAUGAACUGAUCAGUUUUAAAAAAAGUCAAGAAAAACUGGAUAACAAAAAAUCAAGUUAUGAAAUGGAAUUAUUAAAAAGAAGUCGAGAGUUGGCUUUAACUGUAAAGGGCCAACAACUGAGUGAGAAUGAACUAUGUGAAAAAUUCAAUGAACUUUGGCAAAAAUGGGUCUCUGAAGUGUCCUCAACACACCAGCCAAUUCCAGAGCCACAAAUUGAUGUGGAUGCAGAAAACAUCCUUUUGCAACAUUUCAACAAGGAGAAAAAUGUGGUGAACAUAUUGAAAGAAAAUUCUGGGAGGAAGUUUCAAAUAGAUCAUGACAAACAUGUUCAAAUGAGAAAGAGUUACUAUAUCAUUACAAAGCGCUUAAAUGUGGAAGAUAUAGAAUCCAUUAAAAUGACGACUAUUCACAUAGUCUCAAGAUAUGAAGAAGCUAUCGCCAACAUUAGGAAGCAACAGCAUGAUUACAAUUCAAGUUAUUUCCACGAAAUCCUGACAAUAAUAGAUGAAGAGGUGAAAUCUGCACCAACUAAGGAGAGAUACACAUUUACAAGUAGAUAUAAAAUGGAUUUGUCUUCAAGUUUAUUCCAAAGUGCAUCAGUAGAAUUUAAGGAGAUACACAGGGCAUUCAAGCGAGCAAAUGAUCCUGUCAACUACCUGGAGAGCAAGAAAGAAGAUUUCUUCAUGAGUUUUAAGAUCUCUUGUCAGGGAGCAACUUCAAUCAAAACAUUUGUUGAUUUUCUCUGGAACAAGAUCACUCCUGCUGUCUCAACUACCAUCCAUGGACUAAUGGUUCGUGACAUUUCAGGUGAUAUUCGAGCAACUUGUUCCGCUUUCAAUGGAAACAGGGCCAACCUGGAGAAACACAUUCUCAUCUCUCUAGCAGAAGAAGAGAAUUUUGAUAACUACUGGCAGUACCUUCAUCAUCCACAAUCAUUUUUCAGGAAUUACAUUGAAAGUCAUAUUCAAAGAUACUGUUCAGACAAAGAAAGUAACAAAGUGAAGGAUAUGUUAAAACUAAGGUUAGAUGAAAUAAAAAAUACCAUUCUCUCAGCCAUUCACAAAUCCACAGAAAUAGCUAAAGAUAAAGGCAGCACCGUGUCUGAGUGGCUGGAUAUGUUCUGUGAUCAGCUGAGCGAGAAACUGAUCUUGCCUCGAAAGGACUUGGUAGGCAUUGAACACCAGGAGAUAAAAGAUAAUGAUUUCCUCAAAGAAGCCAUGAGUGAAGCUUUGGAUCCCGCAAUGAAGACAGUGGAACAGAAUUGUCUGAGCAAGUCUGCAGAAGAAAUGGUUCCUGCAAUCGCGGAAAAGCUCUCUGAACAUCUCUGUGGCUGCUGGAAACGGUGUCCCGCCUGUGGGGCAAUUUGUACGAACACAAUCUCUGCACAUGAAGGAGACCACAGUGUUCCCUUCCACCGUCCUCAGGCUGUCAUAGGAGUGGCAUGGUACGAGACAGACCACUUUGUCAUCGAUUUCUGUACUAGUUUGGUAGCAAGUGAAUGUUCAUUGGUUCUGCAUGAUGGCAGAGAAAUCCCAUAUAAGGCCUACCGACAGGCAGGAGGGGAAUAUGCCACAUGGAGCAUCACCCCAGACUUAUCCUCCCAGUCAUACUGGAAAUGGUUUGUCUGUCACUUCAGAUCAGAGUUACAAGAAAAAUAUAAGAACAAGUUUGCUGGGAGGGGUGAAAUCCCUGAUGACUGGACCAAAAUCACAAAGCAGGUUGUGCUCAAUGACUUGAAAGAUAAUAUUCAGUGACCACAAAAAAGCCCCAGUACGAACAAUGCUCAGACAUCUCCUCACAAUGAGAUCCCAUUAUUUCCACUUAUCCAAUGAAACAUCUAAAAACAAAUCAACUAAUAUUUCAAGAAUUAAAUAUUUUCUGUGAAAGGUCUUCACUUUACUUUGU